AUGGACUCCUGGAUAGCAAACAUCCUCAAUCAGAAAAGGGGCUUACCAAAUUUUGAGCAAAUAGCAAGCCUUCUAUGGGAAAUUUGGAAGGCUCAGAACCACUUUUUGUUUCACCGCCAUCGCAUCUCCCCGGAUAAGAUUGUUGAAUCAGCUUUUGCCCUGGCCAAUCUCCAGAAAUGUUCCCAGCAGCAGGAUUCGACAGGUCAUUCCUCUUGGCUGAACCCUAAUCGGUCUUGGCAUCCUCCGCAGCAGGGAACGGUGAAGAUCAAUAUGGACGGUGCUUUCCCCAUAGCGAAUCAAAUGGGCGCAAUUGCUAGUAUCGCUCGCGAUCACUCGGGUAGCUUGAUCGGAGGCUUCACGCACUCUGUCUCCACAUCCUCUGCCCUCGAGACAGAGAUCCAAGCUUUAGUUUUCACUCUCAAGGAUCUGCUACAGCAAAAUUUAACCGCAUCUCACCUGGUUGUGGAGUCCAACAGCCUCAUCCUUGUCGAAACCCUCAAUCGGUGCUGUCUGCCGCCGUGGGAGUGCCGCGCCCUCUUCGCCGAAUGCAUUGUUCUCCUUCAGAGCUUCUGCAACCUCAGCGUGCAGCACUGCUGUCGGGAAGCCAAUGCCCUAGCCGACUGGGCCGCCAAGGCCCACGGACGAGGCUGUUUGACCUUUGAGGGCGUGUGGAGAUUGACAGAGAAGGAACUUAGGCCGGGAGACGCAUGCAUUGCAUGUUCAUAG